AUGGCACAUAACGAGAACCAGAAGAUGUCUUAUUACUUGUUCAUGGCGGUCAUUCUUGCCAUUUUCAGAUCAAUAUCAGUUCACUCGAUCACCUUAAGCACAGAAGUCGAUGUCCUUCGGGCAUUAAAAGAAGGGAUUGAUCCAAACUCCAUUCCCAGCAAUUCAUUCAUCAGUUCCUGGGAUUUCGCACUUGACCCUUGUGAGAGCACAGGGGCCCACUUCCUCGGUAUCCUCUGCUCAAUUCCAGAGGACAACAACUCAACCAGCCGUAUCACGAUACUUGACUUAGAUGGUGUUGGUUAUGAUGGAUUUCUCACUAGCGAUAUUGGUAACUUGACUGAGCUCACCAUCCUUAACUUGAGCAGAAACAAGUUCAGAGGACCAGUUCCUGACAGUGUUACUAAGCUCAGCAAGUUAACUUCACUUGUCAUGUCUGAUAAUUUCUUUACUGGAAGCUUACCUCUAGGAUUAAGAAGACUGAAAAGGAUCCAAGAACUGGAUAUCUCCCGCAACAAACUUACGGGGUUGAUACCGACUUGGCUCACCAAUUUUAGGAGUCUCGAGUCCUUAAAAAUGGCCAGCAAUGGAUUUUCUGGACGUAUUCCUAAUUUGGCAGGGUUAUGGCAACUCCACACAUUAGAUCUCAGCAGUAACCAACUAUUUGGUAUUCUUCCUCAGCUUCCUACAAGCUUGAGAACAUUGUCUUUGAGCCACAAUGUACUUUCAGGGAGUAUUCAUUCAAUAUAUGAGCUCAUAAACCUUAAAAUGCUGGAUCUGAGUGAUAACAGGUUUAGCGGCCGAAUCAGAGGAAUCGUGAGCUUACCACAGGUUGUUAGUCUGAAUUUGUCAGUCAACUGGUUCACAGAACUUCAGGUUCCUAAAUUUGCAGGUGAAUCCACACAUCUUGAAGUUAUUGAUGUGCAAGAAAACCGCCUAACAGGUCACCUGCCAGCAAAUUUGGCUACAAUGGAGAAGUUAACAGCAAUAUACCUGAGUCACAACCAGCUUUCUGGACCUAUACCAAAGAGUUUUGGGGUGAGACUUGGUGCUCCUUGGAGGCAUGUUUUCUUCAAUCACAACUUUCUGGUGGGAGGUGUACCUGCAGAAUUUAGUGUCCUUAAGGCUAAAGUGACAGGAAGCCUAGCACACAAUUGUCUCAAGUGUCCCAAAAAUGUUACCAUGUGCAAUGGAGGUCAACGCCCAGCUCCAGAGUGUGCAGGACAAAGUGUCCAAUUUUUACAAUAG